AUGAGAGGACAGUGCGGUUCAUUCUUACCAGUACCAUGCGCAAAGAAUAUACCAGCUGUUGAACCAGAGUCAGACAUGUUUAGACAAUCACUCAUAGACACGUGUGGUGCAGACUUUGCGACUGGACCUGUUUGUUGCGAUGAAAGCCAACUUGAGAGUCUGAUCAGCCAAGUGAAGCAAGCUGAACGAAUUAUUGCUUCCUGUCCUGCCUGCUGGAAGAACUUUUUACAGUUUUGGUGUUCAUUUACAUGUUCGCCAGACCAAUCGACUUUUGUCAAUAUUACCUCACUAGACGAUCACCAGGGCGUCACCGGAGCGGACUAUUGGGUAGGCGACCAUUUUGGAAGUCAAUUCUUUGAUAGUUGCAAGGACAUCCAGUUUGGAUCAAGCAACAGCUUUGCCAUGGAUCUUAUCGGGGGAGGAGCCAAGAACUGGCAUGAGAUGGUCACUUUUAUGGGCAUGAAGCGGCCUUUUAUGGGGAGCCCCUUCCAGAUUGAUUUCCCGCCCAUGGAAGGACGUGCACCUUCCGACGGCCUUAUGCGAUACGAUCAAGAUGGAAAGUUGUGCAACGAUACGGAUCCCGCUUACCGCUGUGCAUGCGUUGAUUGUCAGGCAACCUGCCCUGUGCUUCCACCUACUCCGGAAGAACAACCAGAGUGCCGUGUGGGCCUGAUCCGAUGCUGGAGUUUUGCCAUGUUGAUGACCUACGUUAUUGUGCUGCUACUAGGUUUGACUUUGGUCCUGGCAAGAAAUAAGACAAUCGGUCAAUGGUGCCAAAGGUUUUUUGGGAUCAAUAUCGAUCAAUUGGAAGCAAGAGGAUUGUAUGAACGACUUGCACUUGCAGAUGACGAUGAAGAUGAAGAUGAACAAGACCUAUUGGACCCUGAUUAUACUCCUCGUCGUUACUGGCUUAACUCUCGUGUUCAAAACUGGUUUUACUAUCAAGGCUUGUUUUGUGCACGCCACCCUUGGUCUGUCAUUCUCAUCAGCCUUGUCUUUGUCUUUCUGUGCUCUCUCGGCUGGUCACGUCUGGCAAUCGAGCAAGAUCCUGUGAACCUUUGGGUAUCUCCGACUUCGACAGCACUAGCGCAAAAGAACUACUUUGACAAACACUUUACUCCUUUUUAUAGAACUACUCAGAUUUUUUUCGUUAGCGAAUCAGAUGAACCUAUUGCGUCGGCAGAGCGAAUAGAAAAUAUAUUUAAGCUAGAACAAGAAAUCAAAAGUGUCAAGUCACGUACCUAUGGAAGCACACUGAGCGACGUCUGCUUUCAUCCAACAGGUGAUGUCUGUAUUGUUCAAUCCGUUACAGGGUACUGGCAAGGAGAUUUGGAUAAUUUUGAUCCAGAAAACUGGAAAUCACACCUUGACGCAUGCGCAUCCCAGCCUUCGGACUGUUUACCAGAGUUCUUGCAACCCUUGAAGCCUCAGAUGAUCUUGGGUGGCUAUGAGGAUGAGAAAUAUACCACAGCCAAGGCGUUGAUCCUUACGUUUGUACUAAAGAACUCUAUGAAUGAAACCGAUAUAGCAAGAGCCGAGGAUUGGGAAAAAACAUUACUUGAUACUAUUCUAUCACACAUUAAUGAACGACCCGAAUGGAACGGCGUAAGAAUAACUUACUCGACCGAGAGUUCCUUAGAAACCGAGUUGAACAAGUCGAGCAAUACAGAUGCAAAGACGAUACUGAUCAGCUACAUUGUCAUGUUUAUCUAUGCCUCUGUGGCACUCGGACGACUAUCAUCUUUCAAUAUUCGUCGAUGGGCAGUGGAUUCUAAGUUUUCUCUAGGUGUCUGUGGUAUCCUUAUUGUGAUCUUUUCAGUAUCUACUGCUGUCGGUUUAUUUUCGCUGACAGGCAAAAAGAUAACAUUGAUCAUUGCAGAAGUCAUACCAUUUUUGGUGCUGGCUGUUGGUGUGGAUAAUAUCUUUAUCUUGUGUCAUGAAUAUCAAAGAAGAGUCGAAUUGGGACAAGACGAAUCAAUAGAAGAAAGAACUGCCAAGACAUUGGGCAAAAUGGGGCCAAGCAUUUUACUUAGCUCACUGAGUGAAACAAUCGCGUUCGGACUGGGCACCAUGGUGACCAUGCCGGCUGUCAGUAGCUUUGCGAUGAUGGCUGCAAUUGCUGUUUUUAUAGAUUUCUUACUUCAAGUGACAUGUUUUGUUUCCUGCUUAGCAUUAGAUGCUCGCAGAGUCAAGGACCGUCGAGCAGACUGUGUUCCAUGCGUGAUAGUGAAGGCUCCAGAAGUCAUUGAGAAAGAAGGAUUCCUCGAAUCAAUGAUCAAGCUCUACUAUGUGCCAGUCAUACUUCACCACAAGAUACGCUACUUUAUUGCUUUUGCCUUUCUCGGCCUCUUCAUGCUCGGCCUCUCUUUGGCUCCCCAGUUACCUCUGGGCCUUGACCAGCGUAUAGCCUUACCUUCCGACUCUUACCUGGUGCAAUACUUUGAUGACAUGAGCCAAUACUUUAAUGUGGGGCCACCUGUUUAUUUUGUUGUCAAGAACGCCAAUUUGACCGACAGACAAGAACAGCAAAAGGUAUGUGGUCGAUUCCCAGCUUGUGAAGAGAGAUCUUUGGCCAAUAUCUUGGAACUUGAACGUAAGCGUGCCAAUGUAUCUUUUAUUGGUGAACCUACAAGUGUAUGGCUUGAUGACUUCAUGCUCUGGCUUAAUCCCAAUUUCGAAUGUUGUCGACUCAAGAAACAGCCACGUCGCUUGAGUAACCUUGACAGAGCCUAUUAUGAAUCGAAACCAGAACUUUGUAAGCCAACAGACCCACAACGUCGCUGUGUUGCCUGUAUUCCAAACUAUGACAGUACAAUGGAAGCUAUACCACAAGGCCAAGCUUUUCUUGACAUGUACGACCUCUGGAUUAAUAUGACGCCUGAUCAGGACUGUCCGCUCGCAGGAAAGGCAGCUUAUGGUGACGCGGUUGCCGUAGAUCGGGAACAAAUGACUGUAGAGGCCUCACACUUUAGGACCUUUCACACGCCUUUACGCACGCAAGAUGAAUUUAUUUCUGCCUAUGCCUCUGCUCGACGCAUUGCCAGCGAUCUGAGUCAAGAGCUAAACUUGGAUAUAUUCCCUUACUCUGUCUUUUAUAUCUUCUUUGAGCAGUACACCUACAUUGUUUCCAUGGCAUUUGAAAUCCUGGGGCUUGCCAUUCUGUCCAUCUUUAUCGUCACCAGUUCGUUGCUAGGCAGCCUCCGAUGUGGGCUUAUCGUGAUGGGUGUAGUGAUUAUGAUCUUGGUUGAUGUCGUUGGUGUCAUGACACUCUGGGGAGUAAGCCUUAACGCGGUGAGCCUGGUCAACCUGGUGAUUUGUAUUGGUAUCAGCGUUGAGUUCUGUUGCCAUAUCGCUCGUGGUUUUAUGGUAGCAAGCGGUAACUUGGAAGACAGAGCGGGCAAAAGUAUGGUUGAUGUGGGCAGCUCGGUAUUUUCUGGAAUUACCCUAACCAAGUUUGCGGGCAUUGUCGUCCUGGCCUUUACUCGUUCAAAAAUAUUCCAAGUGUAUUAUUUCCGAAUGUAUAUUGCCAUCGUUCUUCUAGGAGCUUUGCAUGGACUUGUGCUCUUACCAGUGCUGCUAAGUGUGCUUGGAGGAGAAGGAAUGGCGUUGACAGCUGAUUUUGAUGAGGAUGGUUUUGCCUGGAAUACGGGACAAGGUCGUCAAGGACUACUUAUCGAUGACGCCAAUAAUGAAAGUUCAGACCAGGUGUUGAUUACUGAUAUGCCAAGAGAGAAUGGAUAUGAAGCGAUACCCGGUAUGAGUACAGAGCGAGAAUAA